AGGACGGGGGAGAAGUAAAGAAAGCAAAUGUAAUUAUAGACACAUUAAAAUUGUGUGUUUGUAACGAAGAGACUAGUAUAGUUCACAUUUGAUGUUCUGAUUUAAUUUAAUUCAUGCAUUGUAUUCAAGCUAAUAAUUUUGUGCUAGUCUGUAUGAGAAAAACUACGUUUGCCGUAGUUAAGAAUAGACUUCUACGGAACAGUGAGAGCACGAAGAGUUAAAAUCAGGAAAUUUGGUCUGCUUUCUGUAUUGCGACGUAUUACAAAUCUCUGGUUUCAGUAAGGUGUUCGAUACAGACUGAUUUUCAUACUGUGUAUAAGUACAAAUUUAUCAUUAAUAUUUUUCGUGUCAGUACAUGGUCAUCAGUAAAUUAGAACCUAAUAGGUAAUUGUAAUGCCGCUUGUAAAAUUGCCGUGGAAAAGUAACACAGUCGUACGACAGGAAAAAUGGAACUUUUCAGGUUCGGUAAUGGUAAUGCAUAGAGUGUGCGACGAUUUGUUUUCAUCUCUCCACCAGAGUAGCGCUGAGGGUUGUAAUGAUACACAACUUCCAUUAAAAUGAACGUGAAUUAAUAAGUGGGCAUGGGUUCUGAUCAACAGUUCUGUCUGCGAUGGCACAAUUACCAGAGUAACCUUCUUGCAACAUUACCGCAGUUCUUGGACAGUGACAAUCUGACUGAUGUCACAUUAUCAGCUGGUGGACGAAGUAUUCGAGCACACAAGGUUGUCUUGUCUGCUUGUAGUCAGUAUUUUAACGAGCUUUUCAAGGUGCUGCAUCCAAUACAACACCCUGUUGUAGUUAUACCAGGGACAACAUUUUCAGAUCUGUGUGCACUUGUAACAUUCAUGUAUAGUGGAGAAGUUAACAUAUAUCAGGAACAGCUUCAGGGUCUCUUAAGCAUGGCAGAUGCCAUGCAGAUCAGAGGACUAGCUGAAGUCAGUGGGGGUGGAAAAAAUACUGUUCCAAGAAAGGAAAAUUGUGGACAAAUGAAACGUUCGAGGUUGUCUAUGCAGACACCUGGAGGGACAGACAUUAUGAAUGCAGAAGGAAGUAGUGACCAGUGUGGACUACAGCCCUUGCAGGCAGAACCUGUUGCUAACAAUUCACAAUAUCAGAAGGGCAGAAAUGACAGUAAGUGUGGAUUCCCCAGCAGGCGAACAUUGACAGCCCAGCACUCUAAAGAUGAUGCAAGUAUACAGCACAGUAGUGGAAUAAAGCAUGAAUUAGGGAAUUGCAAGGCAGCCACUGAUACAUUGGAGCAUUUUUCUGAGUUACAGACACCUGAGUAUACAAGUAGCUCAGCAUCUCUCAAUGACAAAGACGGGGCAAGCUAUGCUAAGGACAAGACAUCAUCUGCAAUUCCAAGUCUUAGUUCUGUACAAGAGUCAAUGUCUCAAAUUAAGGUUGAGACUGAAAUGGACACCAGUGAGAUGAAUAACACUCAGGAAACGCUGGAUGUUUUUGUAGAAUCUGAUUACAAAUCAUCAGCGAGAGUUUCUCACUCCAGUAGCGCUAAUGAAAAACAUCAGUUGUACAGUAAUGAAAUGGAUGUUAUAUUGGGGCAACAGUCCCCUCCUUCAGAUGACUCUGGUGGAAGUGUCUGUAACACAGACAGAAUGCAACAUAGUUCAAACACAGCUUUAACCAGUUUGAAACUGAAAGCUUCAUCUGGCCAAUUUAGUAAAUUCUAUCUCCCAAAUCCCACUACAAGCAACACUAGCAAGCUAUAUGCCACAUGCUUUGUUUGUGGUAAACAGCUAAGCAAUCAGUAUAAUUUGCGCGUCCAUCUGGAAACACAUCAGAAUGUUAAUUAUGCAUGUAGUGUUUGUAGUCAUAUAUCCAGGUCUCGAGAUGCUCUGAGAAAGCAUGUAUCUUAUAGGCACCCUGGUGAAGCUCGGGAAAAAGUAGGUUUUGGGGGUCUUAUAAAAGAUGCUCGUAUUUCUGGAGGAAGUGCUUCAAGCACAUCAAAGAAAUCUAAAAUAACAGAUAAUACUGAGGAUGAUAAACCCGUCUCAACAUAAAAGAUAUAUUUCUGGAAACAAAAUAUCAAUACUAGUAUAGAUGAAGAGUCUUGAUUGCAGGAAAUUACUAUUUAUUGUUGUAUAUAAUUUACUUGGAAUCUGUAAAAGUCAUUUUCAACAAUACCAAAUACAUUUCCUUGUUGGUUUUAAUGUUAAAAAGAGCUUUAUAUGUUAAAGAUUUUAUGUAUACACAUACAAACUAGUAUGUCAUUGUUUUUAAGCAUUUUAGCAUAAUGUUUGGAAUGCUUUAAUGAGUGUGUGUGUGUGUGUGUGUGUGUGUGUGUGUGUGUGUGUGUGUGUUUUGAAAAGAUGAAGUGUAAGUAAAGUUUGAAUAUGAAUUCACCAAAGUGUUUUUCCACCUUUAUUAUAUACAAAUAUAUUCUAAGAUACUGAUAUUCACAGCUAACAGAAAAAAGAGUCUUUCAUUCGCACUUGUGCCUUAAUAUAUCUGUAUUUUACUGUAACACCAGAAACUAAAUGAAAAUGUUAUUUUCUCUGUAAAUUUUUAUGAAAAAAUAUUACGCUUAAGAGGUAAUAGUGCCUACUGUGCAAUAUGUGAAAGUACCUGUGGAUUAAGCCAAAUUAUUAAAUAUUUUAUAAUAACUAAAAUCAUAAUUUUGUAAGUGACUGGGAAUGUUAACCAAGAAAAAUUAUUUCUUGUAGAACUGCUGUCAUAUGUGCGACUUAUUAAAUUAUCAUCUUUGCUGUGAGGUCUUGCAUUAAGAGUGUAUGUAAUGUUAUUAGUGGACAAAAAUGUAUAGAAUUAUAAAACAAAACAGCCUUAGGUACUUAUAUUGUCUUCAGUCAUCAUUGUCAUUCUUGUACAAAGUUUUUUGUACUGUUCAAGUAGCUAAAUAUCAAAAAAUGUUUUAUGUGUUAGUUGACACAGACAUCAUCAAUUCGUACAUCCUUUAAAGGACAGGAGGGGUCGGAAGAAGUGGAAUGAUUUAAUAAGAAUCCAAUACUUGGGGUGAACAGACAUACAAUGGAACAGGAUAAAUAAAUUAAAAAGGACAUUCCCUUUAGUUUAAGAGAUGAAGGAAUACCUAAUUCCAAAAGCUAAAGUUUAUGUUGAUUUUUAUUCAUAUCUGUUGUUCCUGCCAUCUGAUGUGUAUUACUUGAGAAGACCUACUGAAGUCCUUGUCAGAGUGCAAGCACCAUUGUGUUUACAUUUGAGAAAGGAAUAGCAACAGCAUUACACUUCAUUAUCCGUACAACUGAAGUACCUUCAUGCACUUCACUCAUAUCUGCCAACAAUUAAAUAUUCCUCACAACUUUCUCUUUGGUAUUUCUUAUCCCACACUGCCACUUCAUCAGCGUUUAUUCAUGGUAUAACAUUUUAAAAUCCAUUUCUUGUCCAAACCAUUGUUCAUUUGAAUGUAAAUCCAUUUGAAUAAAUAUCUGCUGUAGUAUACCAUUUUCACAACUAUAUUUUGAUGUUCACGCAUCAUGACUCAUAGUAUCCAGCAAAUUUAAUACCAAACUGUCUAGAUAAAAUAACAUACUAUCUUUCCUUGUUUGAAGCCCAGUUCUGUGCAAAAAUCUGAGGCAUUUCCACAGAGCUCAUAUUUAAUUACACUGCUUAUAGUGUUACAAAAUUUGCCAUUUAAUAUCACAGUUAUGCAUAUUUGAGCAUAUUGCAUAUACUUCUUUGGACUCAGUACUCGAAUCCUGCUUCUUUGAUAUUACAUCCCUCCUUCUGUAAUUUUCACAGCUUUGACCUCUUCAACUUUAACAUUUUGGAAGCACAUUUCCUCACCUUCUCCACUAGAGCUGUCAUUAUUUUUUCCUUCUCAUCAUCAAAUAAUACAAUGACAGUAGUAGAAAGCCUGUCCAUAUACAUAUUUCUACAGUCAUUUUCCUGCAUGUUUCAAGGAAUCUGCUUUCAGCUGGAACAUCACAGAAUCAUAAUACUUCAUGCUUUAUCAGGUACCACAGUCCACUUUAUCGAUAAAUAGAAAAAGAAUAUAUUUUAUAUUAAUUUGAUUAUAGCUCCUUUUUGGAGAUAUUUUUGUUUAGAGAUGCUAUUGUAAUAAGGUUGAUAUGAAUUUGAUUGGUGUUUGUGAAAUUAAAAAUGUAAAUACAGAAUGAUAUUUACUUUACAGCUGUUAUUGGAAAGGUCUAUAUAUAAAAAUAUUUUUAGAUCUAUUGAAGUGCGUGUAAUCUGUAUUAUACACAGUGGAAUACAGUAAUUGUUAUAACAUCUGCAAUUGAAAUGACAUUCACACCAAAUAUUGUCCUGUUAGUGUGUUUAAUUUUCAUAUUUUGUAGCUGUACAUAUAUUGCAUUAUAUGUCAGUGUUUGCUGUUUGUACUUUUUUGUGAAAAAUGUGAUUGUAGAUAUACAGUUGCAAGUUCCUUGUCACGCUAGUCAAUUUUAGUCAAAGCUGCCACACUGUGAACUUUAGUGCAAGUCUUUGUCCCUCUAACGGGAGUAUUCAUUAAUAGAUAUGUAUCAAGAAUCAGUGCCUUAUAAUGUUUUAGCUAAAUGACUGAAACAAAAUAUAAUGAAUCCUAGUCUGAUUUAUUAACACCAUUGCAUGUUAUUUCUAGACACUGCACUCUGUGUACUAUAUAUUUCAAGUGUUGCUCAGUUUAAUUUUAUUGUCGCUAAAGUUUGUAUUACAUAUGUUGUUAUACAUGAGCUUUAUGUGUUACCUGGAGAAAUAUCUUCUCUGCAGAAGCAUCAGCCAUGUAGCUAAGGUGGUAGAGUGGCUGGGAAUUAUAUCACACUUCUAUUACUUCAUUUAGAUUUGAAGUACUUGGCCAGAAACGGCUCCAGGAAGACCUGUGGUCAUAUAAGCUUCACUUCAUACAAAUAGAUUUUUGCUUAUUACUUGAUGUGCCACAGGUUUUUGUACCUGGUUACCAAUGUGAGACAUAAAUUGAGACAUUGGCUUGCACAAUCAAUGUCAAAUACUAUGUUCAUUGUUUAUUUUUUAGAAAGUCACCACAUUAAUUAGAGUUGUAUUUUACUCAUUCUCUCUAUGAUCACAGUUUCAAUUUGUGCUGUAUAUUAUUUUAUUAUGGUGUAACAGUGUGAAUUAUCUCUAGGUUCUGUAAGUAUAUGGAGGAAUCAGUGUGAAAUUGGGUUCUGAGGCUAAGUUCUAUAUGCUUUACUGUCUGCAGAAACUAUCUCUGUGCAUCCCCGGAAGAUACUUCACUUAUAUUACAAAAAUAUAAAUUAGAGGUAGCUAUGUUCCUUGAAUAGUUGUUUCAUGAUAUUUGACUGAAAAACAGGUUUAUUAUCUUUUAAAACAAGAAGGAAAAUUAUCUUCCCUUUAGCUAGUCUAAUAGUUGGCUGUUACACUUAAUAAUAAUGAAAGUAGAAUUGUAAACUAUAAAUAAAAGUAGUUAAAUGGGCUUUCAGUUUAUGACUACUCCACAUUAAGAAUAGAGAGCAAGUACUUUAAAGUACUUGAAGCAUAUUAAAGUAGUGCACAGUCAUAUUUCUUUCUGUACUUACUGGUGUCUUUUAUCCAUGGUAGACACAGUACCUAGCAAAGUGACCUUUAUGUUUUCUCUUUUCUAAGAGUCUGCCCCUCCCCAAUUGGUGUUGAUUCUGUUUCAUCUUUAACUGCCAUGGAAAUUUUGUGAAUUACAUCAGUGGUCCACCUUACCUCUUCAAAUCCAUCUACAACCUUUAUUAUUAUUAUUAUUAUUAUUAUUGGUAUUGUUAUUAUUAUUUUGCCACAUUGUGCAAGAUGUUUUUAAUGCCACAUGUAAUAUUAAAAUUAUUUUUAUUAUAAUAACUGCUGUCACUGUUACCCUCCACCCUCUACCACCGCUACAACUACAAUUGACAAUGGACAUAGAGUUAUGUGCAACUGCGGGACACACUUAGACUUGAGAUUGACGAAAAAAAAUUGCUAACAAUUGAGAAGAGAACCUGUGAUAGUAUUCAAAGUUGCAUGAAUUUUUAGGUUCAUAAUGUUUUUUAUUAGUCACAUACGGUACAUCAAUACAUAUUAAAGUCAAUAAAUUGCUAAUUGUUACUCUGCUUCCAUACAAAUGUUUCCUUCAGAUACGUACUACAACUACAAUGCAUAGCAACAAUUUCGAAUAUAUCCCCAUAAAAUGUGAAUAUACAAUUCAUCUUCAUUCUGAAAGACCUUAUCCUUGAUUGAUUAUCAGUUUUUUUUUUUUUUUCUUUUUCAUUUAGUGAAUUUGUCUCUUCUACACGUCUGUCACCAAAAUAAGCAUGGUUUCUUUAAUAUUUGGCUUAGUUCUCAGUGAAAUAUGCUAUGUACUGGAAAAAAGGCUUUGUUGUCAUGUCAUUUUACUUGUACUUCACAUUUAAAAUCUUUGAUCUCGUUUUCCUAGUUGCCACCUUUUUUUUAAUUUCUUUGUCACUUUUUUCUAAACGACAUCUGAUCAUGUUCUAUAGACCUUUUUUUAUCUUUGAAUAUAGGUACACUCAAUUAGAUUCAGUUUGCACAUCUGCUUCAGACUUUACUUUCCUGUUUCAGAGAAACAAAAAAAAGCUGUAACAGUUUCUAAAGUUGGCUAAAUGUUGAAGAUUUCUUACAAUACACAUUGUGUAUGUUUAAAUUUUCCUGUGUAGUGAUACAUGUCCAUUUCACACAUGCAGCUUUAUAAUAUUUCAAAUUAUUAUUAGUGGUGUUCACUUUCAGAGCAGCAGAUUCUAGUCAGAAAAUUGUUGCAUCAUUGUGUGAAAUUGUCAAAAUUCUACUAAUUGCUUCCUUACAUUUAGUUUAAUUUCUUUCAUAGUAUUUGCAGAAAAGAACUUCAUGAUAAUUUGUUCCAUAAGUAACUGUUUGUUGUAAUGUAGAUAACUGCAUUGUCUUUGAUGAGCAAUGAGAAAAACAGUUACAAGUCACUGAGUAUUUACAGACAUGUUAUAUACAUAUAUAAUGGACCAUGAUUUUUGUUUUCCUAGGUAAAGACAUUCCCAUGAUGGACAGUUGUACAGUUUUCAAAUUUGAAUCAAGGUUGAUGGCAAUAAAGAAAUGUGAAACAGGAGAGAAUAAAUACAGGUGAGGGGUGUUAAAGAGAAGGAAGAGACCUUUUUACUACAUGGAUCUCCAUCUCCCUCCACAUUGUGAGCAACAUAACUAGUGAUAUGUCUUCCCACCUUUCAAGUAGUCAAUUUUAACAAAAAAUCAAAGUUAUAUUUAGAGUCAUUCAGUAUUUUUCAUGAGCAGUGAAAACUUAUGAGGAUUAAGGGUUAUUUAAAUUAUAUUUCUAGAGAAGAGAUUGAUAUCGUGUAAGCUGAAAAUGAGUUACAUGUCUUCCUCACAUAUUAUAUUAAUUACAUAAUACAUACAUAUGUAUAAUUUUUAGAACUUUGUUAAUUUUAACUAGUACUUGUAUUGUUACGAAUUCUGCAAAUGCAGGAAGUAUCUUAUUAUAACACAGUGAAUAGCUGGUUCUGGUAAAAUUCAUAUUUAGUUGUUCAUGCUUUGUGUAUGCUUAAAAUUAAGCCUCAAAAGUUGUAGUUUUUAUUGCAAUUUAUUAUUCUUCACUACCAGUCUUGUCAAUCUCAGCUGCUUUAGAAGGUUGCUCCCUCAUUUAUGCAAUUUGCAUAGUACUAAUUUCUCAUAAUGAGAUAUCAACACGAACAUUCUAAAACAAAGUUAGUAACCUAUGACUUGUGUGUGGCCUAACAAAAGUAACUAUAGUUUACAUGACCCACAAUAUGCUCAGUUGCUCACAGAUGACUACAGGGAAAAACUAGAAACCAAUAUUCCUUGAUUUAUUAAUCAAUUUUUGUGCAUUACAGUGUUAGCCUCUUCAGAAUUUGUAUAUAAAAAUGGAUACAAACAUAUGGAGGUGCUUGGGGCAAACAUAUAACAGACGGAAGAUAUAUCAAAUAAUUACAGCUAAGACACAUGUAGCAAAAUGGAGCCAUACGGUACACGAAAACUAGAAACAUCCAAAUUUUACAAAAUAUAUCUACUUCCCUGGUUGAGAUAAAAAGCAGAGGAUUACAUAUUAACAUGGUCGUUUUGCGACAAACAUGUGCAGAUUGACAGAAUUCAAAUUGUGAGUACAGAGAGCAUCAUCACUAAGUGGUGCCACAGUACAGUCAUGCUGACAACCAGUGCAACCCAAGAAGAACAAGAAAAAUACAGUUAACUAUUUACAACUGUAAAAUAAGAUGUCAGUGACAUUGUAUAAUCUGUAUGAAUAAAAUGAAACUAGUGCAAUGGCGAAAAAGUUAAAAUAAUUUAACAUAUGGCAAACAAUUGGCCAAUGUCUGAAACAUUUAUGAAAAGAAAUACUUUAUUACUAAGUAGCAUAUGUACAGUGAAUAGCUUCAGAAAUGUCAAUUGUCAAAUUAUGAUAACAAUAAUAAAAAGCUACCUCAUAUACAGCCACACAUACAAACUAAUAAUACCAUUUAAAAUAUAACUGGAUAGCAGUAUUAAAACAAUAAUAAAAUUUAUCAAACUGUAAAUACAAAUACAUCAAAGUUAGAGGUAACAGAGUAACUUUAAAACAUAUCUGAAUACUUUGAAUUUUUUUGUACCACUUUUUUAAUUUAAUUUAAUUUUUAUAUAGAUAUGCCCUAGAGGGAGGGGAGGAGGACAAAGAGAUGAGGGAGGUAUAGAGGGAGGUGUGUAUGUGGGGGGGGGGGGGGGGGGGGGAUGGGUAGGUGAUGGGCAAGUAAUAACAAAAGAUUGUGGUUAUAUCAACAACAAUUGUGAGUAGAAUGCCCAUAAAAUAUAACAACAGAAACCAUGACAGUUCUGUACGCUAGCUGUACGUGCCUCCACACAUUUGUAUUAUAGUUGUAUUUAUUUUUUAUAUAGAGAUUCUGGCGAUGACUAACACCAAAAUGUGUGGAAAUGGAUAAAUAAAUGAGAAAUAUUGUUUUCUAAAUGUUUGUGACCAGUAAAUUGCAGACUGCAUAAAUUAUUCGCCAUAGUCACCUCCAUGCUGGUUACCUUUAUGACACAUUUUCAUUGUUAAAAGUAAAUAUGUUUGGGAAUGACUUUUUGUUUAUUAAAAUACAUUUCUGUUUUAUUUGUCACCACAGUUUUGAUCCGGAUAGUCUGAAUAGUAUUUUUCAGGCAUCGUAAUUUUUUUUCUGUAGUGGAUAAUGCAGAAGAAGAAGAGAGAAUGUAUGUCAUAAUCACACCCUCUUCCAAAACUGAAUUCAUGGAAGAGUUCCAAAAGCAUUUUUAAUAUACACUGUGAGUGGAAAGUGGCUUAAGAUAAAGGCUAUAAGAACUACAACGAGACAUGUUGUUUGGGAUUUGUGAACUUUUCUUAUACCUUACCAUUUGUUUUGAUGUCCAUAUAUUUUAACUGUAUAAAAAUGUUUAUAGCCCGAUUUUGUAGUAUACUCUUAUCCUUUUAUCCCUUUUAUGAUCCUACUUCCCAGUGACUACUAUCUGAUGCUGUUAAAAAAAACCAAACUACUUGAGUGAAUGAAAGUAAUUGUGUAUUUAAUAUUUGUAUUUUCUAAAAAACAUGUUCUGUUGAGGAAUUGUUUGAGUGGAAACAAAUAACAAAUUCACUUACAUGGUGCACUUUUACAGGGGGGGGGGGGGGGGGGGGUGGUCGUUUAUGAAAAUGUAGUCCACAAUAUCUCAGGAAUAAAAACAAUUUUUUUUUGUUCCACUGGAGCUAUAUAAUGUAAUCAUAAGUGACAUUAAAGCUUUGAUAAGUCUGCUUCCAUUGUACUACCACAGCAACAUUCAAGAGCAUGUUAUCUGUUUGCUAUAACUUAGAAGUUUAAACUGACCAAGUUCAGCUUUUUCUUUCAAAAAAUUAUCAAGAUUUUUUAGGUUCUAGAAUGUCCAAAACUGUCUCCGUCCGGUCAUUUAGAUUUAGAUGAUGUGUGGUUUCCAUAAAUGGCUAAAGGCAAAUGGAGUGGAUUCUUUGAAAUGGAAAUGGUUGCUUUUCUUCCCUUUCCUUGUUUGCUUAUAUUGUGAAUCGUGGUUUAAUUGUCUCAUAAAAUACAUAAUCUUAAUUAUUAUUUAUUCAUCAUCUUAGAAUGGCCAAAACCACCUUAAUGGAAAUAAUGACAGUGACAUGAAGGAAAGUGAUGACAUUGCAUAAUAAAAAUGAGUAGCAUGUAAUAAAGUGAAUGUGUUCCAGCAGUGAAGACAGCCCAUUUUGCUGAGAUACUGAAUUGUCAGAAAUAACAAAUACUGUUUUGUGUUCAUUUUGUUAUAACUCCAUUUGUAAGGCAACUUGAAAAUCAGUUUUAAUAAAUAUUUGUAGAGUCAGCUGUAAGAGCACAGGCUUGAAUCUCUUUCAUUAUAUCUGUUGCAACAAACUUGGUUAGUGAGUUACUAUUAUUUAUUAUAUGUGGCCUGUCUUAAUUAAUUGGUAACUCAGUUUUUACAGAUAUUUUUGUUGUGUGCAUGCAUAAAAAUUAAGAGUGUAGAUGUUACAAUAAACAGAAAGCUAGUUUUAAAAAAUUGACACAGUGAGGAAAUUGUAUUCAAAUUACCUGGUUAAGAAUCCAGCCGUUUGUUGUGUUAUUCCACGUCUCUUUGCAGUUGUUGCAGUUCACAGACUAAGCAGAAGUACUAUUUUCAAAUGACUUUGCCAUGAAUCGAUAUGUAACAUCAAAAAAGAAUGUUUUUAGUUCAAGCUUCAUCUGCUUGACAGAGAUUGGUUUCACUUCUUAAUGUUUUUCAUUUCCCUGUCAAGCUUUAUAUUACUUCACUGUAUGUUUAAACAAGUUACUAUGUUUUUAUACAAUUUGUUAAUUAUCUCACAAUAUAAAAACCAAUGUGUUUUGUCAUGAUGACUUGCAAUGAAUUAAAUAUGCAUAACCAACCACAUUACACAAAAAUGUUGUUUUCUAAUCACCAGCUUCAUAUUAUAUCAUUGUCUGUGGCCUACAGCCAAACAAAAGAGCUGAACCUUCAAGAAGAACGUAAGUGUGUUGGAGGCCUCAUUCAGGCAUUCCAACAUCUGCCAAGAUAUUACUAGAUGCUCUUUUUCUCAGUAAACUAAUCAUACCAGAUGAGAAUAAAAUAAACUUCUCUAGUAAUAAUAAUCAUGCAUUUGUCAACUCUUUCCUGUAUUGUUAUCCCAAGAAAUAAAAUGAAUAUUCCAUUCUCGGUAUGAUUGCAGAAAGGUAGGAGCUCAGAAAUGUAGGAGAAGAGUAUUGUUAGGUUCUUGAAUUGGUUCAAAGAGAAGCCAAGACAAUCUGUCAAGCUCAAGUCCUGAAGUAUGUAGGAAGUUUCAUGAUUGCAGAAGUUUCUGGUAGACAUGAAAGGGAUUGCGAGAGAUGAGGGGGAAAGAUAACUCUUUGGAAAUAGGAAGUUAUACAAAGAUUGUUUUUGUGAUUUAUAUUCAUAAAUGAAUGUGUACCUGCUGUAUCCAUUUGCUGUUUGUAUUUGUGAUGUGUUGUUGGCACUGGUAUCUGGUUGUGUUGAUAAAGGACAAAGUAUAUUUUAGUUUUAUGUCUUGAAGAGAAUUAAUUCACAUUUAUUUGUCUUUUUAACAGUGUGUAAACAAAUUGAUGCUGUUAAAUUAUGCAAAUAUGUGUAAUGUGUCUAUUGAUUUCAAAAUAUUUUAUUGUGUGCAUUGUGGUGAUGGUUUUGUUUGUGCUUUCUAUGCAGUUUCAGUACUUUGUGUCAAGACAUGUACUUAAUUUGUGUGUACUUCAGAGUUUGCUUACAUGUCUGUACCUGAAAAAUACAGAAAAAGUUCAUAACCUGUAUAUUUGAGAAAUGAAAUCUUCAUUGACUGAGUAUGUACCAGUUGUAUAGAACUAUUACAGCUUCUAUGGGAAGGGAUUAUGAUACAUUCAAAAUUAGUUACAUACUUCAUUACUACCUUUAUGCCUACCUCAUGUAAUUAAAAAUAAAUUUUAAAAAUUGUUGAUGUAUGGGAAUGUUGAAAGAUAUACAAAAAAGACAUUUGCCUGGUGUACUGCCUGUCAGCUUGAAUGUAACAACAAAAAUGUUUACCAUAUUUUUGUGUUGUUUUUUCCCUAUAUUGUGAGAGUGCAGUGCACUACAGUAAUAACUGUAAACUGUUUUUGGUACAUGUAUGACAAUCUUCCAAAUAAGCCAUUAAAUAUUUGUUUGCUUUA